AUGAACGGCUCGCUCCACCAGGCCACGUUGUUGAUUCAGAAUCUGAAGGAAGGUGAGGUCGUGGCGGCGCAUCCAGAAAUCCAGCCGGGUGGCCACUGGGCCCCGACGGAUUGCAAGGCGCUCUACAAAGUGGCCGUCAUCAUCCCGUAUCGAGAUCGUCAAUCCCAUUUGACGCGUCUGCUCAAUUUUCUGAUCCCUGUCCUCCAGAAGCAGCGCCUCGACUUUCGCUUUAUCGUCACCGAACAGUGGGGCAACGAUCUGUUCAACAAGGGCCGUAUCAUGAACGCGGCUUUCCAACUGGCCGAGAAGCUCGCCGUCGAUUGUGUCAUAUUUCACGAUGUGGACAUGUUCCCGCAGGACGAUCGGAAUCCAUACACUUGCCCACCGACUCCUCGCCAUAUCGGAGCAUUCGUCAGCAAUCUCGGAUAUCAGCUGUGGUACAAGGAAAUUGUUGGCGGAGUGCUGGCCAUCCGGAUGCGAGACUAUCGAGCGGUCAACGGAUACUCCAACAAAUAUUGGGCAUGGGGAGGCGAGGAUGAUGAUAUGGGAAAGCGAAUCCUCUCCUUGAACUACACGAUUGAACGACCGGAACCGGCCACCGGACGGUUCAGCAUGUUGAAGCAUGUCAAGCGGAAGCGGACGGCUCCAAAGCUCAUCUACAAACUACUGGAAGACUCGGACAAGCGCGUCCCCUAUGACGGGCUGAACGAGACGAACAAGUGGAGCGUCGUCAAGCUGUCCGUCCGCCCCCUCUACUAUCAUAUUCGCGAGCCGAGGCAGCUGGCCGUGGCCAAGGAUCCGAAUGCGUCGAAGGACAAGCAGCGAGAGCUCGUCGGAAAGUACAAACCGACGGCCAAUCGGAACAUCAUCCUGAUAAGACACGGCCAAUAUGUCAUGGAUUCGAAGGAGAAAUCGCUGUCCGAUCUUGGCCGAAAACAAGCCGAACUGCUCGCCGGCCGGCUGGCCAUCACCGGCAUCAAGUUUGACGCGCUCCACAUGUCUCCACUCAAUCGAGCCACCGAAACGGCCGAUAUUUUGCUGCAAAAGCUUCCACCCGAUCUGGUGCGUAAAAUGGAUCCGAUGCUCGAGGAGGGCCCACCGUAUCCACCCGAACCGGCCGCUUAUCACUGGGUACCUUCCACCAAUGAAUUUGUGACAGACGGAAUGCGGAUCGAGGCGGCUUUUCGCAAAUACUUCCACCGUGCAUCGCCGCGCCAGACCGACGAUUCGACCGAGAUUUUCGUCUGCCAUUCCAACGUCAUCCGAUAUUUUGUCUGUCGAGCGCUACAAUUCCCUCCGGAAGGCUGGCUCCGUCUAUCCGUCGCCAACUGCUCGAUCACGUGGCUGCAAAUCCGCCCGAAUGGCCGUGUCACUCUGAAAAGUCUUUCUGAUGUCGGCCAUUUGCCCCACAAGAAAGUCACGUUCGGC